CUUCUCCUCCUCCUCCUCCGCGGGGCUCGGCCGGCUGCGCUCCUCUCUGCUGACCCACCGGCGGGAGCCUGGAGCCGGGCGCGCUCUCGGGGAGCGGCCGGGAGUCGCAGAUGGCGGCGGGGGACGUGGGCGAGCUGCUGGUGCCCUACAUGCCCACUAUCCGGGUGCCCAAGGCCGGCGACCGCGUCUACAAGACCGAGUGCUCCUUCUCCUACGACUCGCCCGAUUCUGAAGGAGGCCUCUAUGUGUGCAUGAACACCUUCCUUGGAUUUGGAAGAGAACAUGUGGAAAGGCAUUACCGGAAGACGGGUCAGUGUGUGUACAUGCAUUUGAAGCGGCACAUGAAAGAGAAAGUAACAGGGGCAUCUGGUGGAGCUUUACCAAAAAGGAGAAACACCAAGCUAUUUUUAGACCUAGAAUCCAAUGGUGAUUUAAACAACGAUGAUUAUGAAUUUGAGGAUGAAGCUAAACUUGUCAUAUUUCCAGACCACUAUGAAAUUCCUUUACCCAACAUAGAAGAGUUGCCAGCUUUGGUUACGAUAGCUUGCGACGCAGUCCUCAGUUCGAAAUCUCCUUAUAGGAAGCAAGACCCAGAUUCAUGGGAAGAGGAGCUGCAAGUCUCCAAACAUGCCAACACUCUUGUACAGAUGGACAAUGGAGUCAGGAUUCCUCCCAGUGGCUGGAAAUGCUCAAAAUGCGACCUGCGGGAGAAUCUUUGGCUGAAUCUCACAGAUGGGUCAGUACUGUGUGGAAAGUGGUUCUUUUACGGCAGUGGAGGAAAUGGACAUGCGCUGGAACACUAUAAGGAGAUGGGUUAUCCCUUAGCAGUGAAGCUUGGAACAAUUACUCCCGAUGGCGCAGAUGUCUAUUCCUUUGAUGAAGAGGAGGCGGUUUUGGACCCACACAUAGCCAAACACUUAGCACAUUUUGGCAUUGAUAUGCUCCAAAUGCAUGUAACGGAGAAUGGCUCGAGAGAUAACGACAUCAAACCCAGAGUCUCUGAAUGGGAAGUGAUCCAAGAGUCUGGCAUGAAGCUAAAACCAAUGUAUGGUCCAGGAUACACUGGCAUGAAAAACCUGGGCAACAGUUGCUAUGUCAACACUGUCCUACAAGCCAUUUUCAGCAUCCCUGAAUUUCAGAGAGCGUACGUGGGAAACCUUCCAAGAAUAUAUGACUACUCUCCUCUAGACCCAACACAAGAUUUCAACACGCAAAUGGCUAAAUUGGGACAUGGCCUCCUUUCAGGCCAAUACUCUAAACCACCAACGAAAUCUGAGCUCAUUGAACAGGUGAUGAAAGAAGAACACAAGCCUCAGCACAAUGGUAUCUCUCCUCGCAUGUUCAAAGCUUUUGUAAGCAAAGGGCACCCUGAAUUCUCAUCCAAUCGGCAGCAAGAUGCACAGGAGUUUCUCCUGCACCUUAUACAUCUCAUAGAGAGGAACCCCAUUGGUUCAGAAAACCCGACUGAUGUCUUCCGGUUCUUGGUGGAAGAACGCACACAAUGCUGCCAGUCCAGGAAAGUCCGAUAUACCGAGAGGGUGGACUAUCUCAUGCAGUUGCCUGUAGCAAUGGAAGCUGCAGUGAACAAAGAUGAACUGAUUGCUUAUGAAUUGAAGAGGAGAGAAGCUGAAACUGCAAGGAGGCCCCUGCCGGAGCUCGUACGCGCCAAAAUCCCUUUUAGUGCCUGUCUGCAGGCCUUUUCAGAACCAGAUAAUGUAGAAGACUUCUGGAGCAGUGCCCUUCAAGCCAAGUCUGCUGGAGUUAAAACCUCUCGCUUUGCUUCAUUUCCUGAGUACCUGGUAGUACAGAUAAAGAAGUUCACUUUUGGCUUGGACUGGAUACCUAAGAAGCUUGAUGUCUCCAUAGACAUGCCAGAUCUUCUGGACAUCAGCCACCUCCGUGCCACAGGCCUCCAACCAGGAGAGGAGGAGCUCCCAGAUAUCUCUCCACCCAUUAUCAUUCCUGAUGACCCCAAAGGUACUGCCUGCUACCACGAGGAUCUCUACUUCCCCACCAUUCUCCACCACAACUAUGGCAUGACGAACCAUUUCAUGGAGCCUCCAGAUAUUGAUGAAUCCUCAGUGAUGCAGCUAGCCGAGAUGGGUUUUCCACUGGAAGCAUGCCGUAAAGCUGUCUACUAUACAGGCAACAUGGGUGCUGAGGUGGCUUUCAACUGGAUCAUUGCCCACAUGGAAGAACCAGAUUUUGCUGAGCCCUUAGCCAUCCCUGGUUACGGAGGAGCCACUUUUCCUGGGGCAGGUGGAGCAGCAGUUGUUGGGCUGGAUAACCAGCCCCCAGAAGAAAUGGUUGCCAUCAUUACCUCUAUGGGCUUUCAGCGGAAUGUAGCUUUCCAUGCGCUACGGGCAACAAAUAAUAACCUGGAGCAUGCAUUAGACUGGAUCUUCAGUCACCCAGAGCCAGAAGAGGAGAACGAAACGACUUCUGAAACCAUGGACCUAGAGAACCAUGUGAAUGCCAACAUCCUUGCAGAAUCUGAUCCAGAAGGACCCAGGAUCAAAGACGGCUCUGGGCGAUAUGAACUUUUUGGGUUCAUCAGUCACAUGGGAACAUCUACAAUGAGUGGCCAUUAUGUUUGUCAUCUCAAAAAGGAGGGAAGGUGGGUGAUCUACAAUGACCUCAAAGUCUGUGCCUCUGAGCGACCACCCAGGGAGUUGGGGUAUAUUUACUUUUACCGCAGGAUACCAAGUUAGGCCUUAGUAAACGCCCCUUGGCCUUAAGAAGCCAUAAGCCUUUUUAUUCUGCCAAAAAGUCGUUUCAAACAAGCAAAGCCUUUGGACUGCCAAAAGGAGCAAAAAGGAAAACAUUUGGGUACUAUUUAUUGCUUAAAAUCAGGAUCAGUCAUUUGAUGCCUUCUUACACUGUAGUGGAGGAAUUUCUGUUGGGUCACAGUGCGUUCUAUGAUAAUUUUU